AUGUCGGGCCAGGGCACUUUGAAACAGAGUGCAGCGGUGUUGCAGCAGCCUCAUCAGCCAGAUGUCGAUGAAGAGAUGGGUGUCGCGAUGCACAUAGGCGGAGGCGUGACUGAUUCGGUGGACCCGGUACGACUGCUUUAUACAAACCUGAAGGAUCCUCAGGGGCUCGCCGACCUCCUCCUGGAUGAGCGGGUAGACAUUCGCCUGGUGCGGGGAGACUUCCUGACACGUCUUGACGGGGAGAAGCAAACUUUCAUCCGUCGCCAGGAGUUGGAAGGCCCUUCGAAGUACCCGGACGCUUUCGUCACACGUGAGGAGUUACUGAAGUGGAAGACGGACGAAGCAUAUCGCAGUAAGGUUCGGAUUAUCGGCAUCUCUCACGUGUGGGAAACUAGGGAACAUCCUGAUCCCAGGGGGAAUCAACUGGCGAUGAUCGCCACGGCCCAGCUUUGGCACGACGAGUGCUCCUGGUAUUUCUUGGACUACAUGUCGGUUUAUCAGUUCUACCGUACAAGUGUCCAUCAGAACAGAAGCUUUCAAUACACAAUGAUGCACAUGCACUUCUUUUAUGCACAUGAGUACACCUGGACCUACCGCAUUGAAGACUUGGUCCCAUUUGAAGAAGCUGAUCGACAGAAGCAUGUUCAAGUAUUCUUCACAGAGACAGGGGUCCCUCAAGACGGAAAGGUGGAGGUACGGCCUUUGGCAGAUCUCAUAGAGAAUGCCACACCCUAUUCUCGGCGUGGUUGGUGUGAAGCUGAGAGCCAGUGGUCGAGCAUGCGAAGCAAAUCUCGACAGACUGUCUCGCUAUCGUUCGUAUCUCCGGAGACCUGGACCCGAGCUCCCAUGGCGCCUGAGGUCUUUCAAGCAAAAGUGGCCAACUUCGAGCUUUUGUUCACGCACCAAGACAGUGCCGAGGCCGUGAAGAAGCUGCAGGAACGUGUCUUCAGGGAGAAGGCGGACGAGUGCGAGACGCUCGAGCUAUCCCUUUUGCCCCCUCGCGAACUCCCGAUCCUCUCUGGUGCGCUGUCGCUUCACAAGAACCUAACAGUCCUGCAACUAAGCAACAGCCAGGUUGACUGUCAUGGUGCGGAGGCCUUAUCCACCGUGUUGACGAUGCGAGAGCUACAUCUCAACAACCUUCGCAUCCCUCGGGACGCAGUGCGCAAAUUAGCUCUGGGCUUCAAAGGCAACAGCGCGCUGUUGAACGUAACAUUCACUUGGUGCCUGGUGGAUGCAGUAGGUGCAGAGGGUCUGGCAGAAGCGCUUGCAUGCAAGGAGACCAAAUUGAGAUUUCUGGAUUUGUCCCACAACGUCCUGAAGUGCAAAGGGGCCAAACACCUUGCCGAUGCCUUGAUCCAUAACUCCGUGUUGCAGAAGCUGGACCUGAGCUCCAACAUCAUUGCAGAUGAUGGGGCAGCCAGCUUCGCAGGCCUCUUCAAGAACUCUGCCUUGAAGUUGUCGCUCGAUGACAACUGCUUCGGGGAAGAGGCAGUGGCCGUCUUGCAGAGUGCCCGGGACGAGGUCUGGAGGACGGGCGGCGAGGUCCAUUUUGAGAUUGGUCGCGAUUCCAUUACAUGGAUGGAAGAUUUCCUUGCUUGGCCAUUCGUCUUGCUUUGCUUGGGCGCCUUGUGUUGCCAGAUAGGUGUGACAAUGUGCACCUUCGGUCGCUAUUUCUACAGAGGACCAGCAGUACCACUGCCUGGAGAUGCCGAGCUUCUGGACGUGUGGCUUACUGCACCAAACAUUCCACUUGUUGCAGCGCUAACUCUUAUGUGGACUGUUGGAGUUGCUUCGAAGGAACUUGGACUCGACCGGCCGGGCGCGUGUGUGCGUUUUUUUUGGAAGAUCUGGGCAAGAAUCUUUAUGUGUUACUCUCCAGUCUGGCUGCUUGCCAUGCAAUUAUACACCCUCCUGGCGCGUCCGCGAACCGAACCCGUCGACUCGAUUUGGUUAUUGAAUAUCACUGCAGUCAUUCCAUAUACACUGAUUUGGACAGCCUCCUUCAUGCUCUUGGCCGGCCUCGUUCUGUUUUCCCCCAUGUUUCGUGCCACGUUUUGGUAUUUCAUGCACGAAAGUCAGAAUUUUUGA